AUGCUGGCCGCUGCGUCGCUCCUGCAAGACCCCUUUGCCAGCCCGCCUGCCAAGCCUUCUCCCAGCAUAUCUCAGAGUGCCAGUCUGAAGUCGAACAGACAUUCGAGAGCUGCGGGUGGAAUGGAGCCGGGCUUCAACGAGCUGAUGCAGCAACUCGCCGCGCAGCACAACAAAGAAAUCCAACAGCUGAAAGUGCGCCUGGAUCUUGUGCAAGCAGAAAACCGGUCCUUCAAAACUCGGAUCAGCACUGUGACGGGCACGACCGGCAAUAGGUCCUCGGCGCGGGCUUCGGAGUUUUAUAUGGACACCAGGAUCACAGACAACCUGAGCGAGGUAGGCGAUAGCAUGAACCCAAGGGACUUCGAAGCAGAUAGUUCGUCAGCCCCCAGGCAGACCACCGAGACAGCGGAGGUGGCGCAGGUCGUGCCGGACGAGAGGACGGGUUGGUCUGCCACGAAGACGACAUCCGUGAGGACAACGCAAGCCUCGUUGAUGGAUGGGAGGACAGAGACGGAGAUGUUGGCAGGCGAUGAGUCUUUGGCGCUUCAGCCGAAGCCAAUCGAACUCCACGAUGUCUGGACAAAAUCAUCCUUUGGUGCCCGAUCGAAGGGCACUACGAAGACGUUGGGGCAGAGAAUGCAUUCUUCGGAUCGUACAAACAGCAUCGAGGAGCUCACCAUUGUUGGCAUGACGCAGGGCAUGAUGCGGCAUGUGAUCGGCAACCCGACCAGCGCAAAGCGCAUGGCAUGGGAUGCCGUUGGUGGCAUCAUGAUUCUCUAUGACAUCACUACGCUACCACUGAUGGUGUUCGAAGAUGUUGACAGCAUCGCCACAGAUAUUCUGGGCUGGAUUGUCCUGGUGUACUGGACCCUGAACGUCGUCAACUCGUUAACAUGUGGCUACCUGCAGAACGGCGUGGCUGUCAUGAGUCCGAAGGCCAUCUUCCUCAGAUAUGUCACGAGAACCAUCUUCGUCGACUUGUUGACACUGGUACCUGAUUGGACUGUGACGAUUUUGCAGCUCAAUGCCUCGCCGGGACAAGAUUUCCAAGAAGCUCGACUCCUGCGAGCUCUGCGUGCAUUCCGCCUUACGCGCCUUGUUCGAAUCGUCAAGCUACGAUGGCUGAUGGAAGUACUCCGAGACUACCUGGAUUCGGAAUAUGCAAGCAUCAUGUUCGAGAUUGCGAAAAUGAUGGCCCUGUUGUUGGUCAUCAAUCAUGUUUUGGCUUGUGCGUGGUUUGGCUUGGCACUUCUAAGCAGCGAGAUUGGCUGGCGAGACUGGAGAUCAUCCCACGUGCUGGACUAUGGCCACGGAGACAGCUGGUGGCUCUAUGACUAUCUCACCAGCUUGCACUGGUCGCUAUGCCAGUUUACUCCAGCAUCCAUGGAAGUCCAGCCGUCAAAUCCUGUGGAACGUGGAUUCGCCACAUUAACUGUGCUCUUCGCUUUGAUCGUAUUCUCAUACAUCGUCGGCAGCAUCACGGGGUCGCUGACGCAACUACGGAUGAUGUCAGAAGCAAUUACGCGGGAGACACUGAAAUUGCGACGGUUCUUGCGCAGAAAUGCAGUGCCCAUCGGGCUGUCUUUGCGCAUUCGUCGGUUUGUGGAGUUCGAGCUCCGGAGGCGACAGCAGCCCGUGAGUCAGCAGAGUGUUUCCUGUUUAAAUGUUCUUUCUGAUCAGCUUCAGACAGAACUCGGCUUUGCGUUGGUGCAGCCCACGCUGGCCACACAUCCCAUCUUCGAGACUCUGAUGCGCUCCAGCGGGGGUUCGGACUUGCUGGAAAGAGCGAGCCAGGGCUUCGAAAAGAAGACGCUGGCCUUGGAUGAUUGGGAGUUCUUGGCUUGUACCCCGGCGACCCACAUGCGGUACCUCGUUUCUGGCGAGCUGCGCUAUGCUAAGCAGUCCGGAAUGCUGGGUGACGCUGAGGAGACUGACCUCCUUCCAGGUGACUCCUAUUGGAUAUCCGAAGCCGUCCUGUGGGUCAGCGAGUGGGAUCACGUGGGCGAGCUGACCGCCAGCCUCGAAUCAAAUCUGCUACUGAUAAGCCCUGAUUGCAUCCUGCCAUGGAGCAUCUUGUUUCCAGCCUCCCACAAGUUCCUGAAGACAUAUGCACAGGAUUUUGUCAAGUUCUAUCGGACAUUCAAGAAGUGCUGUUGGCUCUUUGCCGCUGAAGCUUUCGAGAUGCCUGCAAGGAGCACUUUGUCAGAUGCGGCCGCAGCUGUGGAGGCAGCAGCGAGGCGGUUCGAGAGUGCGCAGCAGAAGCAGUUUCGGUUGGACGUGAAGCUUGACAUUGAUGAUGUCAGCGUUGCCCUUUCUGAUUUUCAGGCACCGGUGGUGCGAGCCCAACUCAGUACACCUUCACCUGCGGCACAGCUGCAUUUGCAGACAAUGCCACCCUACUUCUCAGUAGACAUUGACAUUUCUUCCCUGAAGGUUGAAGUGCUGAAUUCAGUGCUCCGGUGCUGGGAGCCUCUUCUAGAGCCGUUCGCGGCAUCCGUGCAGGUGGAACGACGACCAGACGGAGAAGACGGAGCCGGCCAUGCUCAGCAAGUGGUCCUCACCGGGAAGGGUCUGCUGCUGGUCAACAUUACGCCGAACAUGGUGAAGCAAACCGGCUUCUUGUUGCAGCUGCUAUCCGAGGCCGGCAGCUGCCAGGACCAAAGAGGUCAUCGGGCACGCGUUUGUUGGGCCAGUGGUGCAAGAUACCGCGCUGUGAACAUCUGCGAGUUCCCGCUCGAGUUGGAAGUUCCCGGUGUUCAGCAGACCCUCACUGUGCCACCCACGGGCUCCCUCUGGGAGCCAUUGGAUGAUUGGGUGCUUCAAAGCUUUGCAACGGCACUUCGCAUUCGCGUGCCAGGAGGAUCGUUUUCGAGGCUGUUGCUCCUGGAACGUGCGGGCGACGUUUUGAUUCCCAAUGGUGAAGCUGCUGACGCAGUUGCCGAGAUGCGAAUCGAGUCAUCGCAGAGGCUGCUGCUCCUCGCACCCCUUCUUCGUGUGCACAACAGGACGGGCUUCACUGUGGCCUUGCGUUUCCUUGACCCGGUCCAGCAUGAGGUUCCGAUGCUGGAGAUUCCUCAAACUGCCUGCUGCGAUGCCGCGAUCCUCGGAUGCAUUGCCCAGGAGGAGGAGCCGCCUGGGGCGCUCCGAAACAACAGUGAAGCUUCAGAGGGCGGCAGAAUCGAGGGAGUGCUGGUGCUUCCACCCAACAGCCUUGGAGCUGUCCCGUGGGAAGUCCUUGCCAGGCGGAGGCCCUCUGCUGAAGAAGGAGGCAGCCGAACCCUUCGCGCAUGGUUGACAGUCCAGCUGCUCUCUGACGUUGCUUCUGCAAAGAUGCAGGUGGGCAGCGGUCUGGGCCCGCAACUCUGCUGUGCUUCAGGCACUGCAGGCCAGCAGGAGACGGCUUUCGUCGUGGAGCCGCAAGCACGACAUGAAUCGCUUGCUACCACCGUGUGCUUGAGACCUGCGUUGGUCUUCAUGAACGCGCUUCCACUAGGAGAUCUGAGCAUCCGAUAUGCCCCGGGUGCUGGGGACGCCGAGGCUGCUGACGCUCAGUGGCAGCAAGCGUCUUUGGAGAGGCUCUCAAGGCGUGGGGUAUACGACUUGCAAAGCUUGGUGGAGGAGGUUGGCUUGAGACUUUGCUUGCGGCUUGGCGCCAUGGCACCGUGGUCUGAGGUGCUCCACAUCGAGGCCAACUGCUUCAAGCAGGCAACUGAUUCGUCUUUGAUGGGCGUUGGCAAAACAACCCACGUUCAGCAGCAUGAAGGCGACGCCGGAGCCGCUGCUGGGGUUUUGGUCGAGGUGUGCGGCCAAGCAGAGAUUCGCAUCACGUGCCCCUUUUGGUUUCUGGACCGAUCCGGAAUUGGGAAGCCGCUGGCUCUCAGCGUUCUUCAUGGCGGUAAGCCUUUGCCGCACGAUAAAGGCGUCACCAUGCUCCCUGUGAACGGUUUGCAAGAGCACUGUGAGCUGCUCCUUCGAAGCGAGCAUGAUUCAUUGGCGCUUCUGGGCCUUCCAUCGCCAAGCAGUUGGGCAACCCUGUUCUGGGAAACCCCAUGCGGCGAUUUCAGCUUCUGUUUGCAAGUUUCGGACAUCCUCGAGACUGAGUCCGGGAACAUCUUCUCUGCUGGAUGCCAGGUCAUCACCUUGCGCCCCCGGCUGGUCUUGACCAAUGCUUCGACUCUGGAUAUCGAGCUGUGCCUCGAGGAGCACCGGCGACUGCGCCUUGCUGGCGAUCAGUCCAUCGAGGUCCACUGGCGCCCACGUGAAGUUCACGAGUCCUCGGACUCGCACGCAACGACUUUGCGUUUCCGACCUCUACGCGAGGGCUGCGAGACUGCUUGGUCGGGAAGCGUGGUGUGCGGCGAUGUCUCAGCCGGGUUGUCGGCCUUCGCCAUACCUGCAGGGGAGGAUGGACAAAAUGAGACAGCAGAGCAGGACACAUGGAGUGUCGAAGUUACGCCAGACCGUGGUGCACUAGCCGUUUCGUUCAAGCAAGGAUCGGACUAUGUUGCGCGAAACCUGGUGCAGCGGAGCGGUGCAGCUUUGUCUGUUCAGCCUGCAGGCUGCCGCCAUGGCCAGGUGGUGCUGCCGGGCCAGUCCAUGGAGUACGGGUGGCGAGAGCCAAUGGCAUCGGAAUUUGCAGGCAAAGAAGGGGCAACUCCACUAGCCGUGGAUGUGAUGGUGAAUGGCCACAGGCAUCACAUCCAAGAUGCAAGGCGCUCUCUUCACCGGCAGUUGCCUGGAACAGACUCUGGACUGGCCAUCUGCAUCUUCCGCGCGGAUGCAAAGACGGUCCUGGCCUUGGUGGAGGAAGGCCCCGUCGAUGCGGCAGCUUCCUUGGAAGCGCCUGCAUCCUGGAGCCAGCGAGUGGAAAUCAGGUUGAGCCGGAUUGGCCUCUCCAUCAUCGAAGCCGGGCGGGAUCCCGAAGAGCUGUUGUACUUACAAAUGGAGUUGAUUCGGUUCGAGCUUCGACGAGGUUCCGGCGAACCGCAGCAGCUGCGCCUCUCGGUAGCCUCGGCGCAGGUGGACUGCCAAUUGCCAGGACGUGCGGAUGGCCGAGAUGUUCGCCGUGAGAGCAGCCUUGGAACCUUGCGGAGAUCGCCUCCUGCAGUGAUUUUUGCCGCUCGUGGCGAAGAAGGCCGAGCGCUGUUGAGCCUGGAAGUUCACCAGGACACAACUUCGACCAAGGAUUUGGUGAUACCGUAUGCCGAGAUCGCUCUCGACUCGACAGACUUGACAGUCGAUGAUCACUGGCUGGACCGUCUGGCCCGCCUGGCAUCACAAGCUCGUAGCGCCAGCCAGAGCAGCAAAUCCGCUCUCCCGGAUAUGCUGAGAUUGGCUGGGAAGCCGAUAGUGGAAGAGUACGUUGUGCCAAGCUGCCCGCGCAUCGUACAGAUCGACGCACUUCACAUUUCAAGCAUUGCCGUUAGAGUUUGGUGUUCGAUACGACUGGACAGUGUCCGUUUUCUGCCAGGUUAUGUUCGUUCAGCCAUUCGUUUACUGAGUCUCAGUGCGCGAUUCCACCUUGAUGGUGCUUCCGUGUCCUUGCCAAGACGGCGGUUGCCGCCGUACCGUGGCUCUGUGAGCGACUUCCUGGGCUGCCUCGCUGCCGAGUACACGGUGAACUUCUUGCACAAUGUUGGUGCAGUUCUUGGACGAAGCUCUGUGUUGAAGCUGCCACGAGUUCCCCUGAAGCUUGGUGGUACUGCUGUGUCUUAUGUCACAGACAGCAUUGGUCUGGCGGCGGGAGAAGCUGCAGCAUUGCUGAACAAGCUCACCUUCGACGAGGACUUUGUUGCGAAACAGCGGGAGCAGCAAGGCACGAAACGAAUUCGCGGGCUGGGGGAUGGUGUUGUGGAGGCGAGCAAGUCCAUUGCACAAGGAGUGGAGGGGGUCAUGGAUGUUGUGAAGAAACCUGUCCAAGGUGCUCGCAGCAGCGGUUUGAGUGGAUUUCUCAUGGGGGUGGGAAUCGGAAUGGCCGGCAGCUUCGUCAAGCCAGUCUCACGCGUUGGCCAGGCAAUUUCAGACGUUGGCUCCGGACUGGCGGCUGAACUUGCCCCGGACUCCGGUCCUACGCAGCGCCAUCACGCUAGAAUGAGGAAGCGUCAGCCACGUUUGUUCUUCAGCGUACCAACAAGCACAACUGACCUCAUGGACGACGCAGGUCCCUCGCACCUCCGACCCUUCUCAGACUUGGAGGCAGCGACGCUCCAUCAUCUUGGAUCAACGCGUUUGCGUGGGUUACAGGAGGUUGUCCCCCUGACGACGCCGCAACACGGCACACAGGUGGCAGUGCUGCUGUUGUUCGGGACGCAUUGCCUUCUUGCAGACAUACCUUUUCAUGCUUGCCAAGAAGCUGCAGAAGCCAAGAAAACUGCGGCCUCCAAGAGGUCAGGUGGAGCGAGCGCACGAUUGACUGCACAGGCCUUGAAACCGAUCAACACGGUGGUUUACGGAAUUCAGGAUCUCAGCAGGCCGUCACAGUCAUCGGCUCGUUCGGAGCCCGACGACACGUCACAACGGCAAGUUCGCGGCUUCCAUUUCCAAGACCUGACAGCAGUUACGGAGCUGGACGAUGGUCGGGUGAUUGAGUUGCACGGUGACAGCAUCAGCGGCACCCUGGCCUUGCCUCUUUUCUCGGCACCACUUGGGCAGGCAAGUCGGGAUGCACUGGUAUUCGGAUUCCGGUCUGCUCUAAAAGAUGCAAGGAUUGCGUCCUGGUCGACAUUUUCGAAGACAUUUCGAACGGAAGAUCAGCGUUCGAGGCUUUUCGAAUCGCAGGGCGAUGCAGCAGCUGGAGCUGGCUUGCGGAAGCUGGUGGUUUGGGAAGUUGAGCGCAGACUACCCACGGCCUCCGAAUGGAAGACUCCCUUCCUCCCAACGGAUGCUGGACUGACGUGGCGCUGGGUGGACACACGCGGGCGGCGCCACCCGAACCUGUCACUAGGCUUGACACGUUCGCAAGCUGCGGGCAGCAAGACUCCUCCCUGCAGGAUCGGGAGCCUUUAUCGGCCUACCUCAGACUGGCAGCUUGAAAUCGGACCUGAAACCGACCGUCAUGGAUGGUCGUAUGGCAUGGCUUGGAACUCCUCAAGCUGGGAGGCGGCUCCUAGCCCACUGGAAGUUUUGCGGCGAAGACGUUGGACGAGGACUUUCACUUGA